CUUUUUUUUCUAGGAACCAAAUGGUGUGGCACUGGUAAUGUGGCCAAGAAUGAUGCUGAUUUAGGGUCCAAACCAGUAACUGAUGCCUGUUGUAGAACUCAUGAUAAAUGUACACCAAAAAUUAAUGGAUUCGGAAGAAAGGGGACUUUUAUCAACCUUUUACCAUGGACGAGGUUACAUUGUGAUUGUGAUAAUGCUUUCCAUACGUGUCUGAAAAAUGCGAAAAAAACAGAAAAGUCUACUGCAGAUCUUGUUGGUAUAGCUUAUUUUAAUGUCUUGGCAACCAAAUGUUUUAAA